AUAGAAUGAAUUUAAAUGAACAAAACAAGAAGAAGAUCGAGGAAUGUUUCCACCUUACAGCAGCAUCACAUAAGCUGGUGCGCACUUGUCAUAUAUAAUGUACAUGAGGCCUAUAGAAAACUCAGCUCUAAUGUCAACUUAGCCUUCGAGCUUAUACCGCCGACAUCUUCCAAAGGCAAGAUAGAUAGCUCCAAGCAACUCACGACAUUUCAAGAUACUACGACUGGAACACGGAAGAAUGCUCACAGAUCUCGGGAGUCACAGGAGUGCUUUCAUGGAACGAAAACGAGGGCGCUUCUUCGUAUUUGCCUAUCAGCUUCCCAGUUCGGAACUCCUACCGCUGAAUUCGAUACAGAUCGCCUCGCUCUCCUCUCCUUCAAGACUCUCGUCUCUGACCCAUCCGGAGCACUGGUCUCCUGGGGGAACAGCUCCCUCCAUUUCUGCCGGUGGCGAGGGGUGAACUGCCGUAAUCAUGACGGUGAACCGAGGGUCACAGCUCUGGUGUUGGAGUCCCUCCGGUUGAAGGGUAAAUUAUCUCCGUCCCUUGCUAACCUCACCUUCCUCAGGAGACUCCGCCUCGGCAACAACAGCCUCGAGGGUUCCAUUCCGCAGGAGCUCGGCUUUCUAUCCCGGCUUCGGUCUCUCAAUCUAAGUUACAAUCAUCUGGGUGGGAUGAUUCCCACUUCUCUGCUCCAGAAUUGUUCCGAACUCCGAAUCUUCAGCCUGAGUCAUAACAAUCUCAACGGGACAAUCCCACGCAAUCUCAGCAACUGUUUGUAUCUACGAGUUAUUGAUUUGGGCCGGAACACGCUCGAAGGAAACAUCCCCAGCGAUAUCGGCUCUCUACCGAAGCUAGAGACGGUCUCCAUCUGGGACAAUCUCCUCGAGGGAAGCAUUCCUCCAGAGAUCGGGAAGCUUGCAAGCUUAACAGGACUUCACAUGCGUUUCAACCAUCUCGAUGGACCUAUUCCUGCUGCGAUAGGAAACCUCUCCUCUCUUACCCAACUUGAUCUGUCCAAUAAUCUUCUUGCAGGAGCCAUCCCUGCUGAGAUAUGGAACCUCACCUCUCUUCGCGGGCUUCUGCUGUGGAAUAAUCGUCUCACGGGAGCCAUCCCAUCCGACAUAGGCAAUCUUGUCGGGUUGGAUAGACUUUUACUGAGUUCUAACGAAUUCACCGGCACCAUCCCACCCGAGAUUGGGAAGCUGGAGAAGGUAUCUGCCGUGUUUUUACAGAACAACAACCUGGUUGGCACCAUUCCCAAUACUCUGUGGUCUUUGCGGAACUUGGACGCGUUGCUUCUCCGUCACAAUCACCUGGAAGCGAAGAAUGCUGCUGAGUGGAGUUUCUUGAUGGAGAUAUAAACAAGAAUAACCUUUGUAUAGGAAUAAAUACUAGAAGACCAAAAUACGCAGCGGAAUAAAAUGGAAACACAAUCAAACAGAACACCAAGAUAUACGUGGAAAACCCCUUCAAUGUGAAGGGUAAAAACCACGGGGCAAACUAGAGAUAAUCCACUAUGAGAAUAAUGAAUAUAUAAAUCUCAAUCUUUUGCCCAAAACCCAAGCAACAACCACAAGAGAAUAACUGAGAUACAAGGAUCACGUUACUGCCCACAAUAUCUAAAACCUCCCAAGUAAUCACAGCAAGAGCCUACUGUAGAUUUGAUCUAACCUGAGAUGAGAACACUGCUAGAUGAUUGUGAACAGUAUCUCUGCGUUGUCCUUGUCUUCUUCCCUUUCUUUCUCUUCCUCUUCUGCCUUGUUCUCCUUCUUCUCUUUGGAAUCUCGUCGCUACAAAGAUCUGUCUCGUUGCUGCCUUUUUAUAGCUUUAAUCUGCCUCUAAAACGCAGCCACCACACCCCCCUAAUCUUAAUUAGGGUUAGGUUAAGAGGGGGUGUGAGCUGUGGGCUGAUAAAGCCCACAUGGGCUGAAUAUGGGCCAUCAGCCCAACAACCUCCCCCUUCAGCCCAUAAGGGAGGCUGUCCCAUGACUCCUCAAUGUGAAGCCAUACCGACCAACUGUCGGCAUAUCUCCUGUCUUUCUUUUGUUAAGGUCUUCGUCAACAUGUCUGCUCCGUUGUCAUCUGUAUGAAUUUUCUGAAGCUGCAACUGCUUCUCUUCAAAUACAUUUCGAAUCUAGUGGUAUCUGACAUCUAUAUGCUUUGACUUGGAAUGAAACAUUGGGUUCUUACACAAAUGGAUGGCACUCUGGCUGUCACAAUGCAUCACAUAAUUUUCCUAUUUCAGCCCCAAUUCUUGUAAGAAUUCUUUCAUCCAUAACAUUUCUUUGCAUACCUCUGUAGCAGCAAUAUAUUCUGCUUCUGUGGUGGAGAGAGCAAUACACCUUUGUAACCUGGAUUGCCAUGACACAGCUCCCCCUGCAAAAGUAAGUACAUAACCUGAAGUAGACUUCCUCGUAUCUAUAUCUCUUGCCAUAUCUGCAUCUGUGUAACCUGUUA